GCGCUGCUGCGGGAGGUCGGCGGUUCGCGUUCCGCGCAGCUCGGGGGAGGAGAGCCGGCAGUGUGAACCUGAGCAUGUUGAGGCGGGCGGCGUGCGGCGCGGGCCGGAGGCUGGCCCCGGCGUUGGGGAGCCUGGGCUCCCGGCAGAAGCACAGCCUCCCCGACCUGCCGUACGACUACGGCGCCCUGGAGCCGCACAUCAGCGCCCAGAUCAUGCAGCUGCACCACAGCAAGCACCACGCGGCCUACGUGAACAACCUGAACGCCACCGAGGAGAAGUACCAGGAGGCCCUGGCCAAGGGAGACGUUACGACUCAGGUAGCCCUUCAGCCAGCACUGAAGUUUAAUGGUGGAGGACAUAUUAAUCACACCAUCUUCUGGACAAACCUGAGCCCUGCUGGUGGGGGAGAGCCCAAAGGAGAGUUACUGGAAGCUAUCAAACGUGACUUUGGGUCUUUCGAGAAGUUUAAGGAGAAGCUGACAACUGUGUCUGCUGGUGUCCAAGGCUCAGGGUGGGGCUGGCUUGGCUUCAAUAAGGAGCAGGGACGCUUACAGAUUGCUGCUUGUGCCAAUCAGGACCCAUUGCAAGGAACAACAGGCCUUAUUCCACUGCUGGGGAUUGAUGUAUGGGAACAUGCUUAUUACCUUCAGUACAAAAACGUCAGACCUGAUUAUCUCAAAGCUAUUUGGAAUGUAAUCAACUGGGAGAAUGUAACUGAAAGAUACGUGGCUUGCAAGAAGUAAGGUAUUAUCAGGAGUGUGACGCUCUUUAGGCCGGUUUGCAGCCACUGAGAGCUCUGCUAUGGCUAACGAGCUGCCGCGUGCAGCCCUCGUUGACACUGCUUUCCCACAUACUCGAUAAGCAUACUGUUCUGAGUAAGUUCUUAAAUAUUAUUAGGCAACUGUUUGAGAAUAUUCCAUUCUUUAUUCACUCUAUUGUACAUUUUCUUUAGAGCACCAGAAUUGCUAGAAGGUUGUCACUGUCAUAAGACCAUCAAGAACAUUUCAUCCCAAUAUUUUGGGUGCCCUGUAGGGAAGAAAAGACAAGCCUUUUUUUUUUUUUUUUUUUUCCCCUGGCCUCACUUGUUUAACAGUGAAAUAAAUACUUCGGGUGGAGAUCACCCAGUGGUCUUAGAGCCACCGAUACCAUUUUGUUGUUUGAAAACUAUAUAAUAUGGAGCUGGGAUGUAGCGCCAUGGUGCGCUCUUCUUGGGCACGUGCACGGUGCGGGCUCCGGGUUCUCUGCCAGCACUGCGGACGCAGACGGCACACCCCCGUAGCCUGGCCACCUACUGAGGAUGGCUUCAUUAUGAGGAGAUUAGUUGGCAUCUGGGUUUUUCUACAAGUGGAAGUAUAAAAGCUUUAAUGUUAAGAUUUGACUUUUGCCAUCAGCUGUGUAUUAUUUAAAAAACAGAUGCGCACACUAGGGCCUUACUGGUACCCUCCACCGUGGGGCCUGGGCCACAGGGCAUUCUGGUCAAGCCCCUCCCCUCCCUUUCAAUUCGCUACUGUGCGCUUCUCCUGAGAACUGGGCCCUGGACCACAUGCCCCCGUGCCAAGUAGAGGCAAAUGGGUUUCUCACUAGGGUUGGCAGUGUUACUCCUUCAGGCAUAUCUGCUUUCAGAAACUCAUUUGUACUUUGUGAUUUUUUUUUUUGGGGGGGGGUUGGUUUUCAAGAUUUUAUAGCCACUGAAAGACCCUUUUACAUUGUUUUUGAAUAAAGGCGAGACUUCCUGUAGACAGUGACGCAGCAGUUCUGACGGUGGCCUCUGUAGUGGUUGUGCACGGAGGUGCACACUGCUGACCUGUGACAGGGUCCUUUCUGUAUUUGGCUUACCGUCGUCCUUCAUCUUUUGCUUCAUCAUCUUCCUUAUUAUCUUUAAUGACUAGCAUUUAAUCAAUCAGAUACAUCCUGAUUUAUUUUACAGUUCUGUUAGUGAAUAUCUCCUUUGUAUCUAGCUGUUAACUACCAAAAAGGCUGUGACCAGCAACUAUGUUAUGUAGGUUUUGCCUCCUGUUGGAAAUUUAUACGGACUUUUUUCUUAACCUUACUGAGUAUCUCAAGUUUAACUUUUAAAUCCCCCCCCCCCCAGUUUUAUUUUCCUCUUUUUUUUCAUGGAAAAAUGGAGUAACUUAGCAGUUUCCAUAUUGAAGACUGAAAUUAAACAAACAAAAUUCAAGGUACUUGUAUAACUCAAAUAAAAAGCUAUCCAGGCUUUCUGAGUGUCAGCACUCUUGAUGUAACUCAAUACCUGUGUGCGUGGGGACUUGGAAAAGUGAUUACUGUCCUGGACGUGCUACCGUCACAUGACUUUCUUGGAGAGCAAAUGGGAGUCAAGGGUCACCACUUGCCUCUGCUGACAAGGUAGUAAACCGUUUAUAUAGACCUUCUAAGAAAGUGAGAAUUUUGACGGUGGUCUUUUGAACAUAACAGUUUUUUAGAGACUACUGACUCUUAUAAAACUGACUCUUACUAAGCCUUCACAUUGCAAAGAAAUUCAAUGUCGAAAUUUCUAUGGCGCUCCAUUUUUGCUCUAGCUUUCUGUUGACAAAGCGAGGAAGCACACUGUCUUCCAAUAAGUUGCUAUCUCCUCCUCGCUUGCGUGUAUUGUAAGAGACCAAGAGAAUGUAGGAACAAGAGUUCAGCCGUCAGUGGGAAAUGAGACUUAGUACCAUUUCCAUGAUGUAAAAGAAAUAGAAAUAAAAUUGCCACUUCUUCUGAAAGAAAUAGGUAUUGUUCAUCUAGGAAGGAUUUUUUUUUCUCUCCCCCCUCUUCUCUCUCUCGUGUGUGUGUGUGUGUGUGUGUGUGUGUGUGUGUGUAUGUGUGAAUCUGUGUGUGCUCCAGGCAUAGUUGUGUUUGGAAAUGUUAGUACGAUUGGCAUCAGAAGGAAGAAGGAUGCAAAAGAAACAGUUUGAGAUCGCAUCUGUUGUGUGAGCAGCUGUUUCAGCUGCGGAGCUCAGAGAUUGCCUUACGGUACAUGAAAUUCAUGGCCUUAAAGUGAGAUUUGAAUUUUUGUUUAGUACAUUUUUUAAAAAAUGUAAUGUUCAAGCCAUGUAAUCCCGAUGAAUGGAUGUUGUCAGGUCUAAAGCCACAAGUAUAACUUUGUAAAACUAGGUGUCUAAGACCAGCGGUGACUAGGCAUGAGGACUUUUCCUGCGUACGUUCUAGGAAAGCUGUUAUGCCAGGUUGACAUAAAUUCCAGAUUCAGUCCUACCCUUCCAAGCCCAGUGAGUUUCCCUGUCCUCUGAGAUGCAUGACACCUAGUACUUGUUGGAAAUCCUGUGGGGGUCCUGGAGAGUUUGUUUCUUUAUUGAUUAAAGAAAAUUUUAUUUUCCUGUUGUAUGAAGUGUUUUUGAUUGUUAAUAAAACUGUCAACCAUCAAAA